AGCUGGAAAAUACCAAGGCGCAGAAGACCCAGUUCCGAUUUUAUGGGUCAACUUGCAGAAGACCAACCAGGCCUUCGGACCGGCACAAAUUGCACUCUGCGCAGAGGAGUACAGCUGGUUCGAGCGGUUCCUGGCGAUGAGGAAGGAAUUGGUGGGCGGGGUCGAGGCCAAGCUAGUUUUUUUUACAUUAGUACAAAUCCGUGCAAAAAUCUGAACAGCCACUUCCAGGCAGCUUGGAAGGAGAUGGGGCUUCCAAAAUACCCCACAUUCACAGACCUCCAGUCGGGCAUCGCCACUCAUGCCAGGAACAAUGGCACCGUUGAGGACCGAUCAAAACUGUCCCGUUUCAUGUGUCACGACACAAGGACUGCGGACAAGUUCUACGCGUGUAACCUAAAUACCAAGGAGGCAUGGGAGCACAGGCAGCUCUUCGAGAAGGUGCCGGAGAGGGGCCUGACGUGCCGGACGAGCCCAUCGGCAAGGCCGGCAAGAGGCCUUGCAAGCGAAAGCGAAGUGACAAUGCGUCUCCGCUCACCUCACAGACCACAACUGAGGAUGAAGCGGAGUUGGGAGGUCUACCAGGAGUUGGGAGUGUCCUCGGUGGAUUCGGAAGAGAUAGGUUUGUCUCCUGUCACAGUCAUGUCUCCUGCCUAUUGCUAACCUUUGUCUCUCU